UGUUUCGAUGUCUUUUUUAAUUCGAAUGGCUUUCUAAAAGUGGGACCAUGUUCUACUUCCAGCUGGUGAUCAUGGCUGGGACGGUUCUCCUGGCGUACUACUUCGAGUACACGGACACGUUCCCCGUCCACGUCCAGGGCUUCUUCUGCUUCGACAAGACCUUCUCCAAGCCCUUCCCGGGGCCGGAGGAUGAGAGCAAGGCUCCCCCGAUACUGGUGUACGCACUGGUGACAGCCAUCCCCACCGUUCUGAUCCUGAUCGGGGAGAUGAUGCGCUUCUUCAAUAAGUCAGCAGCCACACAAGAGAGGACCAUCAUGAGCGCAGACUGCUGCUUCUUCAGCCCGCUGCUGCGACGCAUCGUGCGCUUCCUGGGUGUCUACUCCUUCGGUCUCUUCACCACCACCAUCUUUGCCAACGCCGGCCAGGUGGUGACAGGAAACCAGACGCCUCACUUCCUGGCUGCCUGCCGUCCCAACUACACUGCCCUGGGCUGCCAGACUCCCAUGCAGUACAUCACAGAGCGCAGGGCCUGCACGGGAAACCCCUAUGUGAUCGCCAACGCCCGCCGGUCCUUCCCCUCGAAAGAUGCCGCCCUGAGCAUGUACUCAGCUGUCUACACAGUGAUGUACGUGACAAAUAUGUUCCACACCAAGGGCUCACGGCUGACUAAGCCGACGCUGUGCCUGACGUCUCUCUCCCUAGCCGUGCUGGUGGGAGUGGUGCGGGUGUCUGAGUACCGCAACCACUGGUCAGAUGUGCUCGCCGGAUUCCUAACCGGAGGGUCCAUCGCCGCCUUCCUGGUGACUUGUGUGAUCAACAACUUCCAGCAGACCCGGCGGCCAGCGGUGGUGCCUCUCCCGCUGAGGCCCCUGCCCCCCCAGGCCACUCUAAGCGUGCCCUCCGUGACCCUGCCCCGCGUGGAGAGUCCACUCGAAAAGCUCGACGGGGUCCCUAUACUGAGAUCACAUGACCAUCAGCCUUCCCUAUGCCCCGCCCCUCCCGACGUCCUUCUUCACUCACGUCGCUGCAUCUCCAGCGCAGUCUAGACCUGCCCUCUGACCGCGCCCCCCUCUGCGCCGCCCACCCCAGGGGACGAGGCCCCCUACUCCGCUCCUACUCAACUCAGGUCUAGACAGAACCGCCCAUCACACACACACACACACGUAACACACAAACACGUAACACACACACACACACAG